GGGACAGGUGGGCGCAGAUCCAGGGUAAGGGGUUGGGAGAUGAUGCUCCCAAGGUCCUGGGGCCUAGGCGGGGCCGGGGGGCGCGGGUCGGAGGUGGGGAAUUUGGGAGUGUGCGCUGGGGAGGCGGCUGAGCGGGGUGGGGGGAGUGGCCAGCGGCCGUGCCCAGAUUAAGCGCGAGGCGCGCCGGGCGUCCGCACUCGAGGGGCCCAGCCUGCUCUGGGCUCCCGCGGCGGUGCCAUCGCGCCGCUCCCCGCUUCUCAACCCGCCGCGGACUCGCAGCCGCCGCACUUGGCGGUCAGAGCGCCGCGACCGCGCUGCGUCGCGCGUGGAUUUGGACGCGGCGCAGCCCGGACGUGCGGCGCAGAGCCGGCUGUGACCAGGCGGCUUCCGGCGCAGCGGGUGUCCCCGGAGGAUCUAGAGCCUCACUUAUAAGUCAGUCUUCUGGAAGAGAUGAGAAACCUGACAUAAUUUUUUGUAAGUACCAAGACUUGACUGUGAAGUAAUCCAUGCACAUGGCGUCCGUAAGGUGCUCACUGAUGUGGAUCAAGCCCUUCACUGCACAUCCCUGGUCACUUAUACUUAUCCUUUUUUCUCUACAACAUGUAUAUGGGAGUGGAAAGAAGUUUGUGGGUCCUUGCGGAGGAAGAGAUUGCUCAGUGUGCCAGUGUUUUCCUGAAAAAGGGUCUCGGGGUCAGCCAGGACCUCUGGGGCCACAGGGUCCUAUUGGACCCCUGGGACUGCCUGGACCUGUUGGCAUUCCAGGAGAGAAAGGGAUGAGAGGUGACAGUGGUCCUCCUGGGGCAGCAGGUGACAAAGGUGAUAAGGGUCCAACUGGUGUUCCUGGAUUUCCAGGUUUGGAUGGCAUACCUGGGCAUCCAGGGCCUCCUGGAUCCAGAGGCAAGCCUGGCAUGCAUGGCUAUAAUGGUUCACGAGGUGAUCCAGGGUUUCCAGGAGAAAGAGGAGUUCCUGGCCCAGGAGGCCCCCCAGGCCUUCCUGGGGAAAGUGGAGAAAAAGGAAACUCAGUGUUCAUUUUAGGUGCCAUUAAAGGUAUUCAGGGCGACAGAGGGAACCCAGGACCUCCCGGCUUGCCGGGAUUGAGGGGGACAAGAGGACCAGCGGGCCCUAUGGGACAUCCAGGAGAGCCCGGGUUAGCUGGUGCUCCGGGCCAUCCUGGGAGACCAGGCUUGAAGGGCAAUCCUGGCGUGGGAGUAAAGGGGCAAAUGGGAGACCCGGGUGAAGUUGGCCAGCAAGGUUCCCCUGGACCCACCUUAUUGGUACAGCCGCCUGACUCUUGUUUGUAUAAAGGAGAAAAGGGCAUAAAAGGAAUGCCUGGUAUGAUUGGACCUCCAGGACCACCAGGACCCAAGGGAGAACCUGGAAUUGGGGCAAAAGGAGAGAAGGGUAUUCCUGGGUUCUCAGGACCUCGGGGUGAUCCUGGUUCCUAUGGAUCUCCAGGUUUUCCAGGAUUAAAGGGGAAACCAGGACUGUUUGGAGAACCUGGAUCAUUUGGAUUUCUUGGCCCAAAGGGGGAUCCCGGAGACCGCGGGUACCCAGGACCACCGGGGGUUUUGGUAACUCCAUCUCUUCCACUCAAAGGCCCUCCAGGGGAUCCGGGGCGCCCUGGCCGCUAUGGAGAAACGGGAUCUGUUGGACCACCUGGUCCCCCCGGUCCCUCCGGUCCACCAGGGGAAGCCUGUGCAGGCAUGAUGGGACCCCCUGGGCCAAGAGGGUUUCCUGGUCAUCCGGGAUUUCCAGGGGCAGCUGGUAUCCCUGGGAGAGCUGAUUCCAGUCCAGGAAAGCCAGGGAACCCAGGACCGCCUGGGUUGCCUGGAGCACAAGGGCUGCAGGGACCUCCGGGAUCAGACGUUAUAUAUUGUAGUGUUGGGCACCCUGGACCACAAGGAAUAAAAGGCAAAGUGGGUCCUCCAGGAAGAAGAGGCUCAAAAGGAGAAAAAGGAAACGCGGGGCUCUGUGCCUGUGAGCCUGGUCCCAUGGGCCCACCAGGCCCUCCGGGACUUCCUGGGAGGCAGGGUAGUAAGGGAGACUUGGGGCUCCCUGGGUGGCUUGGAGAGAAAGGUCACCCAGGCCCUCCUGGUGCUGAAGGAUCUCCAGGACCACCAGGAAAACAUGGUACCUCAGGACCACCUGGCAGCAAAGGAGAAAAGGGUGACAUGGUUGUAUCAAGAGUGAAAGGGCACAAAGGAGAAAGAGGUCCUGAUGGGCUCCCGGGAUUUCCAGGGCAACAGGGACAACAUGGUCGAGAUGGACUUCCUGGAAGAAAAGGGGAUCCAGGCCCCCCAGGGGAUCAUGAAGACGCACUCCCAGGUGAUGAAGGGUCUCCUGGACCGCCGGGCCCCCCGGGCAGAGCAGGACCUAGGGGACAACCAGGUCUGGGAUUUCCUGGCCCACCAGGCGAGAGAGGGCCACCAGGAGCUCCAGGCCGCCCUGGCGAGAGGGGCCUCGAGGGCUUGAAGGGUCAGAAAGGCGAUACAAUUUCUUGUAAUGUCACCUACCCUGGGAGGCCAGGGCCCCCCGGGUUUGAUGGGCCUCCAGGACCAAAGGGAUUUCCAGGUCCUCCGGGUGCUCCGGGGUUGAGGUGUUUGGAUGGGCAGAAAGGUCGGCCUGGCAGACCAGGAAUAUCAGAAAUCCCGGGUCCACCUGGCUUUCGUGGUGACUUGGGCGAUCCGGGUUUUGGAGGUGAAAAGGGGUCUUCCCUUCUUGGGCCCCCAGGCUUUCCUGGUUCUCGUGGAGCAAAUGGUCAGAAAGGAGUCGUGGGAGACACUGCCUAUGGCCAACCAGGUGCCCCAGGAAGGAGAGGUCUUUCAGGAGUGCCAGGGUCAAAAGGACACAGAGGUGACCCAGGACGUCCAGGCUUUGCAGGGCCAGCAGGCAGGCCGGGACUCCCAGGUCUCAAAGGACCCAGAGGCAGAGAGGGAAGUGCUGGGUUUCCAGGAAUCCCAGGUCCGCCUGGUCAUUCCUGUGAAGGAGGCACCCCAGGGACACCAGGGCAACCGGGACUCCCCGGGGCUCCGGGCCGUCCAGGUGCCCCAGGUUGGAAAGGACAGAGAGGGGAUGUGGGGCCUCCUGGUCCCGCUGGAAUGAAGGGCCUCCCUGGAGUCCCGGGACGGCCAGGGACAGAUGGUCCCCUAGGACUCCCAGGCAUCCCAGGCCUCUCAGGGGAUGAUGGACAGCCUGGUCUUCCAGGCCCAAAGGGAUCCCAGGGGCUGCCUGGCUUCCCCGGUUUUCCAGGGGAAAGAGGAAAGCCUGGCCCUGAGGGACGCACUGGCAGGAAGGGGGACCCGGGAGAGGAUGGUCGGCCUGGCUUCCUCGGAGACCAGGGGGUGAAAGGUGCCAAAGGAGAGAGAGGACCCCCAGGAGAUGAAGGAGAGAUGGCUAUCAUUUCCCAAAAGGGGAAAACCGGGGAACCCGGACCUCCGGGAGAUGGUGGAUUCCCAGGAGAAGAAGGUGCUAAAGGCGAUCCUGGGAUACAGGGGAGGAGAGGAGAGCCAGGAAGACACGGAGCACCCGGAUUCCACAGAGGGGAGCCUGGUAGAACCGGGCAGCCAGGGCUUCCUGGACCCCCAGGCCUCCCAGGCUCACCUGGGCUGAGAGGAAUUAUUGGUUUUCCGGGAUUUCCAGGUGACCAGGGUGAGCUGGGUUCUCCAGGGUCCCCCGGACUUUCAGGAGUUGAUGGAAUGAGAGGACCUAAAGGAAACAGAGGUGACCCUGCUAGUCAGUUCGGCUCACCUGGUCCAAAGGGUGAACCAGGUAGCCCUGGAUGUCCAGGACAUCUUGGAGUACCCGGGGAGCAGGGCUUUCCCGGUGUUCAAGGGCCCACAGGACCACCCGGAAGGCCAGGCCUACCUGGUGCCUCUGGACCACCAGGAUGUCCAGGUAAUCAAGGGGUGCCUGGGCUGCAGGGACCUCCAGGAGAAACAGGGGAUCUCGGGUCAAGAGGCAUGAUGGGAGAUCCAGGGACACCAGGUCUUCCGGGAAUAAAAGGUUCCUCUGGGUCGCCUGGUCUGAACGGCUUACAUGGUUUAAAGGGUCAGAAGGGAGCCAAAGGCGCUUCAGGUCUGCACGAAGUGGGCCCACCUGGUCCAGUGGGCAUACCUGGGCUGAAAGGAGAGACGGGAGACCCUGGGAGCCCGGGAAUUUCUCCCCCCGGCCUUUCUGGAGGAAGAGGUCCCCCCGGCCCUCCAGGGAGACCUGGAUCACCUGGUCCUGCAGGUGCCGCAGGAAGAGCUCCUGAAGGGGACAUUCCUGACCCAGGUCCACCCGGAGAUCAGGGACCUCCUGGCCCCGAUGGUCCAAGAGGAGCACCUGGGCCCCCAGGCCCCCCUGGGAGUGUUGACCUUCUGAAAGGGGAACCAGGAGACUGUGGUCUGCCGGGGCCUCCAGGUCCCCCGGGCCCACCCGGGCCUCCAGGACACAAAGGCUUCCCAGGAUGUGAUGGAAAAGAUGGCCAGAAAGGACCAAUAGGAUUCCCAGGGCUGCAGGGGCCACAGGGACUUCCUGGCCCCCCUGGGGAGAAGGGUUUACCUGGCAUUCCAGGCAGAAAGGGGCACCCUGGUCUUCCAGGUUCCAGAGGUGAGCCAGGGCCGCCCGCCGACGUGGAGUCCUGUCCCCGAAUCCCCGGGCUUCCCGGGGUACCAGGCCCAAGAGGACCAGAAGGAGCCAUGGGGGUCCCUGGAGCGAGAGGGCCCCCAGGACCAGGCCCUCCUGGGCCCACUGGGGACCCCGGGCCCGAAGGGUUUGGGCCUGGCCACCUCAGUGGCUUCCUCCUGGUUCUCCACAGUCAGACGGACGGAGAGCCCGCCUGUCCCGCGGGCAUGCCCAGGCUCUGGACGGGCUACAGUCUCUUAUACCUGGAAGGACAGGAGAAGGCACACAAUCAGGACCUCGGUCUGGCAGGGUCUUGCCUUCCCAUGUUUAGCACGCUGCCCUUCGCCUACUGCAACAUCCACCAAGUGUGCCACUACGGCCGCAGGAACGACCGGUCCUACUGGCUGGCCAGCGCCGCACCGCUGCCCGUGACGCCGCUCGCCGAGGAGGCCAUCCGCCCGUACAUCAGCCGCUGCGCCGUGUGCGAGGCCCCGGCCCCCGCCGUGGCGCUGCACAGCCAGGACCAGUCCAUCCCCCCGUGCCCACGCACCUGGAGGAGCCUCUGGAUCGGGUACUCGUUCCUGAUGCACACAGGGGCUGGGGACCAAGGAGGAGGGCAGGCCCUCAUGUCCCCUGGCAGCUGUCUGGAAGACUUCCGAGCCGCGCCGUUCCUCGAAUGCCAAGGCCGGCAGGGAACUUGCCACUUUUUUGCGAACGAGUAUAGCUUCUGGCUGACGACAGUGAGCCCUGACUUGCAGUUUUCCUCGGCGCCCUCCCCGGACACCUUGAAAGAGAGCCAGGCCCAGCGCCAGAGGACCAGCAGGUGCCGGGUGUGCAUGAAGUCCAGCUAGAGAACCCACAACUGGCCAGCAUGCCGCCAGGAGAGGCUUCCUCGCGGGCCCAGGGGGCCCAGGCUGUGCGAAGAGAUUAAUGGUGCUCAUUUCAGACCCCACUUUCAGCUGCCCCUUCCGUUUAGAUGUGGUUACUCCCACCGCCCUCUCAUUCCUUCCUCUGUUCGGGGCAGAUUAAGCAAAAGCUCCCUUUUUAGAUUUGGACCUACCAAGCUAGAUGAAACCCAGCUAUUCUUAUGUUUUUGCGGAUGAUGGAAGAGCUGGCUUUAUUCAGAAUGAUGCUAAUUCACAGGAAGGCAAAGAGAUGAUAAAGGCCGGAUUACAAACUGCAUUACUGAAAACUUCACUCAUGGGUUAAUAGCGUCUCAAACAAUUGAAGUCAAUUACUCUAUAAUACAGUGGGCUUCUGGAUGGAUUUUGUAGGAAAAAAUAAAUAGGCCAACAAAUGAAAGUAGAAAGUAGAGAUUUCCAACAUCUCAGAAUGAUUUCCUCUGUAAUCUGUUUUCCCAUGCACUUUAAAUAAUUGUAAAACCGUGACCCAAGGAGAUGUAAAAAAAAACAAAACAAAACAUCCACACAGCCAGCGUUAACAGUUCAUUUCAAAGCAGAAUGAAUCAUUGUGCCAGGAAGGACCACAGCCGCUGUAUUCCGGAGAUGCUUCAUUAGCAUAAAGACAUCACAGACGAACAUGAAACAUGUUCUCUUCUGCAUUUUUCAGAGAAUGGAAAUGCCUACUUUGGCAACCCUUUUGAAAAGUAGCAUUUAUGGAAAAAAAUAUAUUCAAUAAGGGAUUAAGAGCCUAAGAGCUAUUAAUGAAUAUUAAGGCAGUGAUUCACAAAAAUGGACUCCCCCUUGCAGUGAACUUCCAAACAGACGGCAUUUGCCCAGUAGGGGUCCAGCUAGUCUUUGGAGCGCACGCGCUAAUGGGACAGCAGCCACAUGGGCCUCGCUCAGACGCGGCAGCUCGCACAAAGCCGCCUGCUGCCAUCCCCGGGAGCGCCUGCAGAGCCCCCGCCAGCCUGCCACGGACGAUUUUCCUCCAAGACAUAAUGGCAUCUCAUAGCGGGAAGUGACAGAGCUAUCAUUAUGCACUUGGGAGAAUAUUAAGGGCCGGCUUAAUUAAACUUAGGUAAGAAGAUUCAUUUAAGUCCUGGUCACCCUGCCAGGAAGAUAUGGUGCUAUUUUAGAAAAAAACAAAAACAACCUACAAUUUGAAUUUUAUGUGCCAGUUACUGGUUUUUACAGAAGCAUGCUGUUUUUCCAAUUUUAAAAACAUUCUUCUAUUUUUCGUCACUAUUCUACCAAGGCAGCAGUUUGACAUUUGGUAUUAAUAUUUUCUAUAAAGUUGAGAAGAUACGUCGAUGUAGAAUGAGUGGUUUUCUGAAUAGCAAAGGAUAUAUUUCCUAUUCUGGUAGGGAUUCAGUGGUCUAAUCCUAAAAAUCAGAAAGCUUGUUGGAAAUAGUAUAGGAAACCUGCCUUCCUCAUUUAAUAACAUGUCAUUUUGCAAAAAAACCAAAGAAAUUCCUCAUGAGCAAGUGACACUCAUUUUCGUGUUUAGUUUCAACGCCCUUAAAAAUAAUUGAGAAAAAAACUCAAUUAAAAUUUUGUUCAUGAGAUGUUUUCCUUGCCAAACAUUGAUUAGCAAUGAGCUCUUAUAUGUAGAACAUAUUUCAAAUGGCUCUUGCCAUGGGCUACUCCCAGGAUGGCAAUUUAUUUUAAUACUUUCCAGUAAAAAGAAAAAAAGUGUACAUUUUAAGAUGAAAGAAGAAUAUUUCCUAGUUUAUUUGACCCAUUUAUUGAUUGUUUUUAAUCAUGCAAUGGCAUGUUAAAUAUUUUUGAGCACCUGAAAUUUAAGGCAAUUUGAACCUCGUUUGUAAUUACACUUUUUUGUUUCCUGAGUUUUAUUAUGUGUCACCAAACACCAAGCUUUCUAAAAUUUUAUCUUGUUCAUUCACGAAUUUGGUCUGAGAACAUUUUCUGGGAAGAGAUAAGGAUGAGAAAUAGAACGUUAGAAACAUACCUUGCCUGCUGAAGUAUUUUAAGCACGUUAGAAUAUUAUCUUAGUCAACUUGCCAAAUACAUCUUAAAACACAGGCUGAAUUAAGUGGGCAAUUUACUCCACAGUGAGCCUGGGAUUAUGUUGGAGACUGAUUGUUCAAAAUAGUGAUAUUGCAAGAACCCCACUCCAAAUGCCGCACAAUUGUUGCCUUCCGAUUUUGAAAAAUUAUUUUAACUGGUCUAAAGGGCAAACCAGUGGAACAAGUAUCUCCUCGGAUUCGAAGACUCGGCUUUCUUCACCUGGUUAAAUACGAGUGUACUUUGAAAUGUCCCUUCUCUGUGAAGGAUGAACAAAACAAAACGGUGGUUCUAACCCAUGACUGGUGAUGAUCCUUAUCGAAAGUUCCUUCCCAGGAAUCCCCUCCCCCACCUCAUUGGUUAGAAAGCAUCUAGAUUGUCCAAUGGGAAUUGCCCUGGGUCACAUGGGGGAGGACGGGAUGUUUCCUUUUGGGUUCUUACUCUCAGGGAAUGGAUCCCCAUCCAUGCAGGUGUCCAGGUACCCAGGCCUCUGUGCUGCCCGUGGUGGGUGGCUCGUUUCUUGUCCUCUCGUCUUUCCCAGACCUGAACUCAGAGACCACUUCCUGUGAGCUGCUACCUUCCCCUCUGGCCUCACAGCGUCUUAAUGCAGCCUCUGUCUGUCUCCCAUACUCUGGAUGGUCCACAGCUCCCAGCUGAGGCCUCCACUUGUCAAAUCCCAGUCAUUUCUCCGAGAUGUAAACUUGGUUUUUCUUUGGCUUAAAAAUUGUUGAGUGACUCCUAUGCCUGUGAAGUCCAAGUGACUUCUGGGGGAGUGACAGGCUGCCCGCAGCUCACCUGUACUCUCAUCCCGGGGGCGUGUUCCCAGCUCUGUGACGAGCCUCCUGCUCUUUCUCCCAGUGACGUCCCUGCUCAAGGAAGUUUACCUGGGACACAACUGCUUCUUUACCGGAAGGAGCUGGAGGGGAGGGGUGCGGUGUGAAUUUCCCCAGGGAGAUUCCGACUCCCUUCCACUGCUCCUGGGACAACAAAUGGGCCUGGCCACACUCUCAUGCUCCCUCCUCGAUCCCGUAAGGUCUCCUCACACUUCUCCCAUCCUCUUGCUCCAGUGCAAGCCCUCACGGGCAGGGCCAGGCUUCACUCAACUUUGUACACUCAGUGCCUACCCAGGGCUGAGUGCAUUGUUGACAAUUCUGUGUUCAGUGACAGUUCAAUAGGUAGCAUUAGGCGUUCGAUCUGUGCGUGUAGGGUUUCGUGGACAAAAGGGUAACAAGUAUAAAUCAUUUCUUAUUUCAAAAUAUGUGAAUGCACCAACAGACCUGCAUACCCACCAUCUCCUCCUAACAGUGAUGACAGAAAGCCAAUCGAUGAGCUGUAGCCACUGCCCCCUCCUGAAAUACAGCUUACUUUUCCAACACUGAAAUUUCAGAAAUGAUAAGAUCCAUGCGAUUUGGCUGAGAGAAGGCUCUUCACUGAAAUGUGACAAGACUUAACUGAUGCUGUAACCUGAACUCCCUCAUCACAUAAGAGCUUCCUAGUGCAAGACCGCGUCAACGAAGUUUGUAUACUGUCUUUGGUGCUUUGAAAGAUAGUCAGUGGAAUGGUCCACUAAAACCGGAUUGUAUCAGAUUUUAUUUUGAGCCUCUUGUAGAUUUUAAUGAAGCAAAACCAUUCUGUGUGCUCCAGGAAAUGACAUUAGAUUUGUUUCUAUCAGCUCACCGAACGAAUUUGAUAAUUUUUAUUUUUAUUUGGUAUGACUGCAAGAAGAGUGGGAAAAUGUGGACUUUGGAACUGGUUUGAAGCUGGCUCUGUCCCUUUCCUGCUGUAUCACCCGGGGUGAGUUAUACCUACUCUCUGAACCCCAUUUUCCUCAUUUAUAAAAUGGGACAUAACAUCUACUCUUACAUUGAAAAUUAAGUUAGAUUAUACAUCUAGCACGUAGCAGUCAUUGCAUAUUUAUUCUGAUCACAUCUUCUAUUUAAAAUAAUUUAAUAUGAAAAAAACAUUUCUUGGGUUUUUUUCCAUAGUUGAAUUAUAUUAUGAUUCUUACAGGGCAUAUAAAUUACUGAUUAGAAUUAUUUAUACCUGGCCAAUUCUUCGUGUCUUUGGGAAUGUUAUUUUAUUUCAAUUCUCAAAGUUACUGUCACUCACCCCCCUCCACACACACACACACAAAAUCACAAUUUCCUACAGGGACAUUAUCAGGAAGUUCUGCAGGGAACAAAACAAUUGACAUUAAAAAUCAGUACUCUGCAAUUGUCACCGUUAUUAUCUGCCAGAGACUCUGCAUAAUGCAUUUUAAACCACCAAGGCUGGCUGCCACAUCCACGUGAAAUGCUUGAAUUUUAUGGUGCUUAAAUAUUUAAUGAUUCAUAGGAAAAAAUGUGAGAUGUGUCCAAUAAAUUGCAUCCCUUUCUCUAACCUAUAGUUAUAAAGUAUAAAGACUUUCAACAUGUAACAUUUGCAAGAUACCUGGUCUACUAUUGACAC